UACUGACAUACGUACCUAUCGUUUGAUUUAUCGUGACAUAAAAAAAAGUAGGCAGUUAUUUUGCGUGUGUAUGAAAAAUAAAUUCUACUUACACGUGUACAACGAAAGGAAAAUGUCUCUGAUAAACAGAUUUAUGAUCAUUAUUAAACGAAAACCCCAAUACAAUAAUUUGUAUCACAUGUCUAAAUACUCAACGAGCUUUAACGAAAAGCAGAAUGAUGCUAAUGAUUCGAUUACGAAAUCAGUAUUCAUAUCGCAAGCCACAGAUGUGUUCACCAACUUAGCGUUAGAACAUUGGCUCUAUAACAACUAUAAUUUUACGAAUCACCACGUAUUACUCCUAUGGCGUAACGACCCGUGUGUAGUAAUAGGACGACAUCAAAAUCCAUGGAUUGAGCACAACACUCAACUGGCUGAAAAACGCGGUAUAGUUCUGGUCCGACGUAACAGUGGUGGUGGUACUGUCUAUCAUGAUCAUGGUAAUUUGAAUUUGUCCUUCUUCACGCCACGGGAACGGUAUAAUCGAAGAUACAAUCUGGAUAUCAUUACCAGAGCUUUGUAUCGAGAAUGGGGUGUAGAAGCCGAGGUUAAUAAACGCGAGGACAUCGUUGUCGAAGAGAAGUACAAAGUAUCCUUUCAUAUAUCUGGUACUGCAGCAAAAUUAGGACGGCCUAACGCAUAUCAUCACUGCACCCUAUUGGUCAAUGUAAACAAAACAGCUUUAAGCUUAGCACUCGAGAAGAAAGAGGAUGGUAUAGAAACAAAUGCUACUGCAUCCAUAAGAUCUUCAAUAAAAAAUUUAAUUGAUAUAAAUUCUCAUAUACAAAUGGACAAACUUAUUACUGCAAUAGGCUGGGAAUAUCUUCGCACUAAAGCUCUUGUUCUUGAUGAUGGUGGACAGGAUCUCAUUCAACAUCAAAAAGGAUUUCAAUAUAUCAAUCCUACCGAGGACUGGUUUCCAGGAUUGGACAAAUUAAUAAGCGAAUUUCGUUCCUGGGAAUGGAAUUAUGGUAAAACACCAAAAUUCACGGUAACACGCGUUGUAGAUGUACCUGCUGAAGACAACAAAGUUCAUCAAUUUAAUUUGGCGCUAGAAAUACAGAACGGCAUCAUUGAGGAAAUCAAGAUGAAGCUGCCAGCUAAUUUGGUAUCGAAAGAUUUUAGUCAAGACGUGAGCGUGAUAACUAAUCUACGUGGUACGAGAUACGAUCACGGAGUAAUGGAAAAUAUAAUAACCGCGAUCGGUUGCAAGACUGUAACGCUAAGUACGAGUCAAAAUGUAGAUAAAAGUAAUAUGAUUGCCACGCAAUGAUUAAACCCAUCGAACAAUAACAAUAAUUGUACUUAAAUUGUCGUUGUGUUCAAAACGAGAACCGAAUUAUUGUACGAUAACUCGCAUUAUUAGCAUAAGCCUGGACUGUAUAUAGUUUUACUUCUAUAAUUCUUCUUAUAUUAUAAUAUAAAUGAUAAAAAAAUGCGCUUUUAGUUAUGUAGCUGUUGAUUUUAUAUUUUUGCAUUGUUGAUAUAUGUACAUAUAAGUCGUGUUUGUUCUUAUUAAUAAAUAUUGUUAACAAAGAUAUAUGUAUAUACAUAAGUGUAGCCAUUAAUGAUUAGUUAUCGACAAUUAAUUUACUAAAUUUUUCAUCCAA